AUGGCCAUUCUCGGCGAACCGAAACGGGAACAAGGCGUUGCGCUUACACAGGGGAGAGUCGCUGCAGGCAGCACAACCACUUCUAGUUGCAAGUUCGAUUCCGAAAAUGGAUCUUCAUCUUCUUAUCAAGACCAGCAGUUCCAAGCUGGAUGGAUCCUCCUCUUCAGCAGUCUUCCGACAGAAGUCCACAUACAGCUAAUGGAGCACCUCGACCCAGUCUCGCAGAUGUGCCUUGGCUUGACCUCAAACUACUUCCACCGCGUCUUCCACACCGUUUAUAACCGCGGCCCCUCUCUGGCAUACAACAUCAAGAGGUAUCCCUUUUCUCUACGCAUGCAAGCAAGUAUCUGUGGCGCCCACGUGCUGAAUUGGAUCUGGGAGGAUUGGUUUUUGCGAGAUAAUAACGAUAUCCUCUGGCAUCGGAGCCUCGGGGAGUUGUUGUUCGAUGAGAAGACGCUGUGGGGAAACUUGAGAUGUUGCGGUGAGUGCCGAAUUUAUAAGCCUGAGACAGGUUAUGAGAGAUUUGCGGCUGAGGAGGACUUUUUUGGGGUGUUUGAGAAGGAGAUAAAUGCGUUGGAGAGGGAGGAUGUGGAGUGGUAUCUUGGGCAAUGCCGGAGGUGUAGGGCAAAGAUGCUGUUAACGACGUUUGGAAAGAGGAAAGUGGUAUUUGAAGAGGUAAAUUCUUGGGAGGAGAAGAGGAGUUUGGGGUUGCGAAGAAGUGAAGAAUUUCAGGAAGACAGUAUCGAGGAAAAGAAAUAUAGGGAGUUGUCAGGGAAGACUACAGAGCAGUAUCAUGCUGCAAGGUAUGAUUAUGAAAGCUGGGAAGAUGUUUUGGCGGGGCUGGGCCUCUGA